AUGACAUUAAUUGAAAAUAAAAAAUACAAUCGAAAAUUUUAUACAACACUUAUGGUUAUGGCUUUUUUUUUGGACACUAGUCAAUAUCAUUGUAUUUCAAAAUUUACAAUGCAAAUUUAUAUUUUUGCUUGGAUGGUGUUGGUAUGUUUGACUGCAGGAUACAUUUUUUUCUUUGAAAAUCCAGAUAUGUCUUUAGGUAUGGAGUUAAUUCAAUACAUGAUAGUUGGAAUACUUUUUACUUUAAUUUUUUUGGUAUUCUUGAUAAAAAAAGAAGCCAUUGCGUCAAACUACAAUUUUAUACAAACCAAAUUUAUCCACUGGUCUAACAAAAGAUCAUUGCAUCCAAAUGUAGCUUAUAAAAAAAACAUAAAAACAGUUAAAAGUUUUAUCAUACCUUUAGCAAUAUUAUCAUUAUCUAUUGCAUUUGGACCAUUAGUAUCAACCAUAAACGAUAUUGGCAAGCUGCCAUUGGAUUACCGAACCCAUUUCGUCUUGUUUUGGCCAACGAUUGUCGAUACUAAUAAAAUCAGUAUGUAUGGAAUCAUCUAUUCACUGCAAGUCAUAUUUACUAUUGUUUUAUACAUUUCGACUUUAUCAUUCAAUUUGGGUUUUAUGGUGUUUUUGAAUGAAGUAACUAACCAAUUUGAAAUGUUAUUGGAUGAAAUUAAAGAUGCAUUUAAAUAUAAGAGAGAUAAACAGUUCCAACCGCUUUUUAUUGAUUGUAUACGUCACCAUCAAAUAAUUAUUAAAUUUUUAGACGAUUUAAAGUCAUAUUUCAAGUGGAUCAUACUUAUUGAAAUAAUUGUAGUCCAAGUAGUGUUGGCUAUCCUUAUUUAUAAUUUAACAAAAGUAAAUGCUUCCCUUGGUUAUAAGAUAAAAGUUGCUGGUUCAUUAUUAUUUAAUUUACUUCCAAUUUGUUUUCACUGUCACAUCGGAGAAGUCAUACUAAACCUGCACACACGUUUGUCUAAUCAUAUUUAUAACAUGAUGUGGUACGAUAUGCCCAACAAAAACAAACAACUCAUCGUGAUUAUGCUCCAACGUACUCAAAGAGAUCUGACAUUAAGUUCAGCUCUGUUUUCGAAUGAAAGAGCGUCUAGAUCGUUAAUUUCCAAAGUUAUUAAACAAGUGUACACAAUUUUAAACGUAUUAUUAAAAACAUAA